AUGUCUGCAUUGUUGCUGGCUCAGGUGGGCAGAGUCAGGUCUGAGCAUUGCCACUUGCUGGCCACAGCACCUGGGACAAAAAAAGACAGCAAAAGCAAUGCUGAUGCCAAUGUGAACCACAGCACACCUGGCUGCUGCAUCUGGACGAUGCCCUGCAGCCCGUCAUGCAUACACCUUGGUGGUGAUGAUAGCAGUAGUGCGGGCACAGCUGGCACAGCUGAGAGCAGGGCCCUAAAGGACAGUAACACAGGGGCCGUGGAAAAUCAUAAUUCAUUGUCCAAGCUCCCAGAGGCAGCUACUGGUUUCCCCGCAGCACACCAGGGAGCCACACAAACUGCUUCGUCAAAUGACUGCUGGGACAGCCGGCACCCUUGUGGAAUGAGUGCGACGCUCGCAGGACUCCCAGCGGUUCCUUCCUUCACCUGCCCUGCAGUGUGGGACCGUCUGAAGCCCGAAAACAAAACAAGUGUGUCCGAAAGCAAGGGGCGGGAGCUGCAUCCAGCCAAAGCCCAGCCUCUCCCUGAAGCCGCCUGGCCUGAUGGUGUCCCCUCUUCUUCCGGUGCCUACAGCGGAGCCCUCAGGACCGAGACCUGGGCCCAUCCUGCCUUCUGGGAGACCUCACCAGGAUCAGGCUGUGUCCAACGCACAACACGGUGUUAUUCACACAAAUGGCCAUCCAUGGAAGAAUCCUCAGUGCAGAAGCAGCUGUUUCAGUGGGAAGACCCUGCUUUGAAGUCAGAAGCUCCACGAUCAAACACUGGCUUCACCAGCUGUGUGACUUUGAGAAGGUUGCUUAGCAUAUCGGAUCCUCUGUGCCCUCAAUUAUCAAAUGAGGCUGAAAACGACUCCCAGGCCUGCUGUGAGUGUUACAUAAUAUAAUGGAUUAAACAUUUGGGCCUAACACCUGACACACAGCGAGCACCCAAAGGUGCUCUGACUUCUUUGGUGUAUCAGUGACAUUAUUUUAAACGUGUUCUUGUGUGAAGAAGCGGCCCAGAGACAGGCGAAGCUGCGGUCUCAUUUCUGCAUCCCUGGGCACGCCUUGCCUUUGUGUGCACAGACUCACUUUGCCGCCUUGUGCUCAGCUUGUGGAGUGCUGUCAUUCUAUUCUAACUCCUUUCCAGCGCCCUGCCUGGGUGCAGGAGGGAUUCCCUAGAGGCCUACUAUAUUUUAUUGCUUGGGUUCACAAA